GUCUUCCUCCCCUCCUCCCUCCCUGACUGAGGUUGGCAUCUAGGGGGCCGAGUUCAGGUGGCGGCGCCGGGCGCAGCGCAGGGGUCACGGCCACGGCGGCUGACGGCUGGAAGGGCAGGCUUUCUUCGCCGCUCGUCCUCCUUCCCCGGUCCGCUCGGUGUCAGGCGCGGCGGCGGCGGCGCGGCGGGCGCGCUUCGUCCCUCUUCCUGUUCCCUCACUCCCCGGAGCGGGCUCUCUUGGCGGUGCCAUCCCCCGACCCUUCACCCCAGGGACUAGGCGCCUGCACUGGCGCAGCUCGCGGAGCGGGGGCCGGUCUCCUGCUCGGCUGUCGCGUCUCCAUGUCGGAUAACCAGAGCUGGAACUCGUCGGGCUCGGAGGAGGAUCCGGAGACGGAGUCCGGGCCGCCUGUGGAGCGCUGCGGGGUCCUCAGCAAGUGGACAAACUAUAUUCAUGGAUGGCAGGAUCGUUGGGUAGUUUUGAAAAAUAAUACUUUGAGUUACUACAAAUCUGAAGAUGAAACAGAAUAUGGCUGUAGGGGAUCCAUCUGUCUUAGCAAGGCUGUGAUCACGCCUCACGAUUUUGAUGAAUGCCGGUUUGAUAUCAGUGUAAAUGAUAGUGUUUGGUACCUUCGAGCUCAGGACCCGGAGCACAGACAGCAAUGGGUAGACGCCAUUGAACAGCACAAGACUGAAUCGGGAUAUGGAUCUGAGUCCAGCUUGCGUAGACAUGGCUCAAUGGUGUCACUGGUGUCUGGAGCGAGUGGCUAUUCUGCUACGUCCACCUCUUCUUUCAAGAAAGGCCACAGUUUACGUGAGAAACUGGCUGAAAUGGAGACAUUUCGGGACAUCCUGUGCCGGCAGGUUGAUACUCUCCAGAAGUACUUUGAUGUCUGUGCUGACGCUGUCUCCAAGGAUGAGCUUCAGAGGGAUAAAGUCGUAGAAGAUGAUGAAGAUGACUUCCCUACAACUCGUUCUGAUGGAGACUUUUUGCACAAUACCAAUGGUAAUAAAGAAAAAUUAUUUCCACAUGUAACACCAAAAGGAAUUAAUGGCAUAGACUUUAAAGGGGAAGCAAUAACUUUUAAAGCAACUACUGCUGGAAUCCUUGCUACACUUUCUCAUUGUAUUGAAUUAAUGGUAAAACGGGAAGAGAGCUGGCAAAAAAGACACGAUAGGGAAGUGGAAAAGAGGAGACGAGUGGAGGAAGCGUACAAGAAUGUGAUGGAAGAACUUAAGAAGAAACCCCGUUUCGGAGGGCCGGAUUAUGAAGAAGGUCCAAACAGUCUGAUUAAUGAGGAAGAGUUCUUUGAUGCUGUUGAAGCUGCUCUUGACAGACAAGAUAAAAUAGAGGAACAGUCACAGAGUGAAAAGGUCAGGUUACACUGGCCCACAUCAUUGCCAUCUGGAGACACCUUUUCUUCUGUCGGGACGCAUAGAUUUGUACAAAAGGUUGAAGAAAUGGUACAGAACCACAUGAACUAUUCAUUACAGGAUGUAGGUGGUGAUGCAAAUUGGCAACUGGUUGUUGAAGAAGGAGAAAUGAAGGUAUACAGAAGAGAAGUGGAAGAAAAUGGAAUUGUUCUGGAUCCUUUGAAAGCUACUCAUGCAGUUAAAGGUGUUACAGGACAUGAGGUCUGCAAUUACUUUUGGAAUGUUGAUGUUCGCAAUGACUGGGAAACUACUAUAGAAAACUUUCAUGUGGUGGAAACAUUAGCUGAUAAUGCAAUCAUCGUUUAUCAAACGCACAAGAGAGUAUGGCCCGCUUCUCAGAGAGACGUACUGUAUCUUUCUGCUAUUCGAAAGAUCCCAGCCUUGACUGAAAAUGAUCCUGAAACUUGGAUAGUUUGUAAUUUUUCUGUGGAUCAUGAUAGUGCUCCUCUGAACAAUCGAUGUGUCCGUGCCAAAAUCAAUAUUGCUAUGAUUUGUCAAACUUUAGUAAGCCCACCAGAGGGAGACCAGGAGAUAAGCAGAGACAACAUUCUGUGCAAGAUCACGUAUGUAGCUAAUGUGACUGAAGCAAGGCUGCGUGACGUUCCAUGUUGGAGAAAGGAGGGAAAAAAUAAAAAGAAUCCUCUAAGCUGGAACGUAGGAUCUACAGCCUUGUCUGUGGCCCAAGAAGAAACAUUGCAAUCGUAAAGCUGGGUAUCCAGCACUAGCCAUCUCCUGCUAGGCCUCCUCGCUGAGCGUGUAACUAUAAAUACAUGUAGAAUCACAUGGAUAUGGCUAUAUUUUUAUUUGCUUGCUCCUUGGAGUGAAAACAAAUAACUUUGAAUUACAACUAGAAUUAACCGAUGCUUUAAUUUUGAGGAACUUUUUUCAGAAUUUUUUAUUUACCAUGGUCCAGCCUAAGAUCCUCAGUUGUAUCAGGUUUUGUGCACAAAAGAAAAGCACAAAAGUUGAACGCACCUGAGGCAUGUGCUCUCUGUGCACCAAAUACUCAGAUGGGCUUCUUUUUACAGGCCUACAGUCUGUGUCUGUGUCCAGAAGUUUUUGACUUUUUUGCUUUGUAUAAUCAUAGAAUCUAUUGCUGCUGAUUUCUAUAAGAAUUCAUCUUGUGUGUCUCUUCAUAACUGAGGACUGUCAAUAACCUGUGAUUUUGCCUUUUCUAUAGUCUUACUCCCAUGAAGAACAUUGGUUCUGAUGGAGAAAGAAUGAAAAGCUUUAUUCCCCCAGAUAUCUUUAUAUUUUUAUUAUAUAUUUUAGUUGUGUACUAUGUGCUACCAACUUUUUUCAGUUUGUUACAAACACAAUUUGGUAAUUUUUAAAUUGGUUCUGCCUGCCUCCAGUCAGAGACAACUGUACAUCUCUUAUGGGUAUAGAGUACUUUAUAUACAGAGGUCAGGACAAAGUGGGUUCAUAUUUUCCCUGAAAUUUGUAAGAGAAUAUAUGGUAUUACUUGUUAAACCAAAUCAGACUGUUUGAAUUUGACAUUUGAUUUAAUAUUUCUAGUAUUCUGUAACAAAUAUGGUAGUUUUUCUAGCUUGGAUUACUUUAAAUGAUAUAUCGAAGGUAUACAUAGAAAAUCUGAACAAUGCUCCAAUUUGCCUCUUGAUCAUAAAUUUCAGCAGAGCAGUACAAUUUCACAGUAUUCAAACUGAAAACUGUCUUUAGUUGCUAUGAGAAGCUAACAUGUAAAAUACCUGAUUUAGUUGUAGUCCUCUAUGAAAAACUUGGAAGCAUGGAGUUGAGGCAAGGAAUGGUACUCACUUCAGUUGAGAUGACUGCCCACUUCAAACUCUUGAUUGUGUUUACAAGCAGAUGUAUUUAUGUAAAUCAGGCAUUUCGUAGAUGCUUUGCUGACUUGUUCCUCUCCUUAGAAACACAAAAACUCAGACCCUUUUGUAAAGCAGAGAGUCAUGUCAUGUAAAACAUGACCUGUAUAUAUUCCAUACAUCGAAAUGGAGUCUAAAGAUGAAUGCAAGGUGUGAUAACUUAAUGAUGGGAUUAGUCUGAUCACUUAAUAUGCACAAUCCUGGAAGUGAAUUACUUGCAUCAGAUAGAAUAUUUAUUACUCUGUAUAGAGAGAAAAGUGCGUAUAAAACAUAGAGCUUACAUUACAUGCACGCAGUUUCAUGUCCCAUAAAUCUUUUAUAUUUUUUAAUUUACCUUUCUCUAAAUGAUGUGCAUGGAAUAUGCCUUAUUACAGAAAUGCUAUUCAUAAUUUGACUCUGUGGAAAAGUGCCUAUGUGGUGGUAGUGCUAGGAAGGCAAGGAACAGAUUAUCAUACCAGUUUACAUCACCAGUUAACAUUUUAUAUUGUGAUGUUUAAAAAAAGAAAAGUUUAUACCUCAAAUGUGUAUUUUAUUUUGCAAUCAGCUAUGGGGUUGGGAUGGGAGAACGGGGAGGGUUGGGAGGGAAAGUUUAUUUGCUAUAGGCACUGGUGGGAAUCUUGGGGGGGGGGACAAAAAACAACAAAAACAAAACUCUCUACACCCACUAUAAAUGUUCUUCUGUUUGCAUUUCUGGUAACUAUGAUGAACCAGACAAAUAACUCUCAAAACGAAAUUGGAUAGCUUUAUUUUACAAACGUGCAAAGUUUAUGAAGCAGGGUCUGCAUCUAAUUAUUACCAGUGGCAUUUGCACUAAAUGUGGUGAUAAUCUUUUACAAUUUAUUCUGUAAAUAAAAUGUUACACUAAAAAUACUUGUAGUAAAAAGAUAAGCAAUGAUCAUUUUAGUAAUGAUCUUCAGUAAAAGACUGGUACUUUAUUGGAGAUAACCCUGCCCAGUCAGAUUUAGAAUUGAGUUCAGAAAUACUGAAAGUAUUCAAACAGUCAAAGUUAGGAGGAGCACUGGCGACGUUAUAAUAUUCAGACCGUCAAGAAUUACUUUCAUUUGGCUAAUCCCUACAUAGUGAAUAUUUAUUGUUUCUUCAUAACCUGGGUAUCUAUCUUAGCCUAAGCCCCCAUCCCACACACCCCCAAAACAAGCCCCUUUACUCAAUUCUGCUGGAUUAUUCUGUGAUGUUAGACACCUGAAAAAUACUGGUGAUGUGGGGAUUUGUCCCUGCGUGUGAGUGAGCAUAAGGAGGGAGCAGAGUGCUCCUCCUGGGGUUGAGGACUCCAUAUUGGAGGUAGAGAAACUUGACUUGGUGUUGCUACAGGAGGAGCGAGGGAGGAACCUGACUAAGAGAGAUGUGUGGAGGCCAAGUGAGGUACAGGAGGCAUGGCUCUCAACUGUCCGUUUCCAUGACUACCUAUACACCUAUCCAAUAUCAGUGUCAGUCGCUACAGAAUUUUAACUGGGCUGAGCUGGCUCUCUUGUGAAAUUGUGCCGGUUAUCUUCAGACGUCUCAGUUGUUUGUCCGAUCAGACGCGUGACCAGUAUGUGGUCCAGGCUGUACAGGUGAUGUAUUUGGAUUGUCGUCGUUGUUCAUCUACAGACUCAAAACAUAAUCAUUUUAAAGUACCUUGGGAGUGUGUAGAGUGUAACUAUAAUAGCUUUAUGAUUCUGAUGAUGUUUUUUUAAAAAUAUAAAAGAUGGAUCUUCCAUGUUACAAUCACAAAAUUAAAACCAGUAUUUAAAAGUGGAGAAGUAUUAAAAUAUUACAAAUAUGCUCACUUGCUUGAUUUGUUUUCCUUAACCUCGAGGUACUGUUUUAGGUGAUCUUCUGGGUAAUUUUAAAAGUUUCCUUGAAUUAUUCCAAUUCAGGAAUCCUAUUUGUAACAUUAGGGAUCAAGUAACUCUGCGGGAGCAACCUAAUGUUUGCUAACAGAUGAGAGCGGGCAAGGACUAAGGUAAGCGCCUGUCAGCCUUCUGUCUGUCCUGUGUGGUAUGCAUAUGUGUAUAGUGCAGUGCAAGCUAAAUGAACUUAUUAUGAAGUACACCUAAAAGUCUUAGAGCCAGAGAGUGAAGCAACAUAACUUUUUCUGAGUUUCUAAACUAGCAAUGCUGCCCUUGUAAAUCACAUACACAUGAUGUGUAUUCAAUGCUCUUGAUUAUGAAUACAUAAUUUCUCAUUUAUUUAAGAAAUAGCAUCUCUGCUUGUUGCAGUCCUAGAACAACAAUCACAGAAAGUGUGAACUUGUAGUCACUGGGGUCUCCCUUUCAUUAUGUUGAAAAGCACUGAAUGUAUUUCAUCUCUAGUGUUUAGAGUGUUAAGUGUAACCUGUUAAUAUAAGCCAACUAUCUCAUUCUCUCUCUCUCUCUCUCUCUCUCUCUCUCUCUCUCUCUCUCUCUCUCUCUCUCUCUCUCUCACACACACACACACACACACACACACAAACAGUUGCCAACCUAAACUGCCCAAUAAAACUACCUGCCAUGGUUGGAGAAAGAAAACUUUGAAAACUUUUCUAUGAUAAUAACAGGCUAAAAGAAUCCAUGUCCACUAAACUGGCUCCACAGAGAAUCCUGGAAGCAGUACUUCGAGAGACUAAAAAAAAAAAAAACAAAGGAAGCUAUGAUCACUGAAACAAACUAGCACUAGGAACACAAAGUAAUGAUAGCAAUCCACAUACUAAAUGCCUCAACACCCCAAUCAAAACACAGGUUAGGUGAAUGGAUUAAGAAACAAAGUCCAUUUCUGCAUUUCUGUUGUCCAUAAAAUGUUUUUUUGUGAGUGUGUGUGUGUGUGUGUGUGUGGUUUUUGGUUUUUCGAGACAGGGUUUCUCUCUAGCCCUGGCUGUCCUGGAACUCACUCUGUAGACCAGGCUGGCCUCGAACUCAGAAAUCCACCUGCCUCUGCCUCCUGAGUGCUGUGAUUAAAGGCGUGCGCCACCACGCCCGGCACAGAAUGCUUUUUUUAAAUCACCUUCAAGUGGAAGGAUGGAAAAGUAUACCAAGCAAAUGAAACUAGGAAGCAAAAAGAUGUCCAUAUUCUAGUAUCUGACAAAAUAAAUUUCAAACUAAAUUCAGAGCAAUAAGGACACUUCAUUCCGUCAGUAGAACAAUUAACCAAACAGACACACUCUUAGAGAUAAGCACCACACACUAGCAAGUCCACUCGUCAUCAAAGCAUGUGCUUCAAGGCACAAAGCAACUCCUGAUUGUGUAGUAAGGGGUGAUUUCAGUAUUGCACAGUCAUUACGAUAAAAAAAUUCUUAAAACAUACAGCAAAUGGAUGUAUACCUAAUAAAGGUAUACAGAAUAUUUGACCCGAAUAACAAUAUACAUUCUUGUCAGCAACCCAUGGAAACAGCUCUAAAAUAGGGCAUAUGUCCUGGGACCCAACAUCUUAAAUUGAGAAAAUUUGAAAUAACUGCAUCCUUUCUGACCUCAGUAGAGUAAGUCAACAGCAAGGAGAUCUCUAGUAAUGCACAAGGGCAAGGAGGUCAAACAACCAAUUACUGAGUGAUGACUGAAUCAAAGAAGAAACUGAGAAAGAGAAGUCCGGUAAUUAAAAUGCUAACGCUGCAACAAAACCUCUGGACUAUGUCAAAGGCAGUCCAAAAGCUCUAAGUACCCACACUGAAAAAUCAGCAAGAGAAAGAACUCAAGAUGAUGCGGUCUCCUUGGAGCUGCUCUGAGGAGCCUGAGACCAACAGAGACUUCAAGGGGAGAUACAUGGUGGAGGAUGCAUCUGCAGAGCAUGCAGUAUCUUCGGAACAACUAAGAAAGGUAGGUCUUAUGGGAAGAUGCUUUAAAAAAAUAAAAAAGUGGUUUCAUGGAAUUGGAAAAAAAGAUGGCCAGUAUUCCUGGUGAACAUAGAUUGAAAAUAUCCAAUAAAAUGCAUACAAACAAUACAGGCAUCUAUUAAAAGACCACCAUGACCAAAUUUGCUUUAUGCCAGAGAUGAAGGGAUGGUUUGUCAUGUGCAAAAACUCAGUAAAUGUAUAAGCCAUAUAAAUAGGCUUAAACUCAAAUAUCACAUGAUCAUCCUAAUAGAUGCAGAAAAGACCUUGGACAAACUCCAACAUUACCUUCAGGUUAGAAAAAUCCUAGAGAGGGGCUGGAAAGAUGGCUUAGUGGUUAAGAGCACUGAGUGCUCUACCGAAGGUCCUGAGUUCAAAUCCCAACAACCACAUGGUGGCUCACAACCAUCUGUAAUGAGAUCUGACACCCUUUUCUGGUGCAUCUGAAGACAGCUACAGUGUAUUUAGAUAUAAUAAUAAAUCUUUUUUUAAAAAAUCCUAGAGAACGACCAGAGGGAACGUACCCCAAUAUCAUAAGGACUGUGACAAACCCUCAGCCAACAUCACUCUAAAUGGAGAAAAACUAGAAGCAAUCCCAUUAAAAUCAGGGACAGUGCUGUCCACUAUCCCCACUUCUUUUCAACAUCAGUGCUUGAAUUACCAGCUAGAAAAAUAAGCUGAAGGGAUACAAAUAGCAAAUUAAGUCAAAUCCCUAUUUGCAAAGGAUAUUUUAUAUGAGAGAACCCCAAAAAUCCCAUCAGAAAACCUAAGAAAUAAGCAACGUUUUCAUUAAAGUGGCAAGGUGGUGGAAAAAAUGUACUGAAAAGUCAGUAUACAAAUAAGCAGUGAAAAAGGAACUCCCAUUACCAUGGGAACUCCCAUUAGUGACAGGAAUAAAAUAGUGGGAGGAAGAGACAACCAAGGAGUGCAAGACUUCUACUCUGCAUCCUUAAGAUCUGGGAAGAGACUAGAAAGGGGAAAACCCCCAUGCUUGUGGGUUAGUAGAAUUAAUGCUGUGAAAAUAACCAUUCUAUCAGAAGCAAGCGACAGAUUCGAUGGAAAACCAGUCAAAAUCCCCACAGCAUUCUUCACAGAGAAAAAACAAAAACCACACUAAAAUUUGGAUGCAAAUACAAAAGAUAGCCAAAAGAAUCCUGAACAAGAAGCCUGGAAGGGUUGCCAACCAGAUUUUAAGAUGUAUUUUAUGGUACUAUUGCAGAGCUAUACUAAUUGGCACAAAAAGAGGCAUAGACGUGUAGGUGGAACAAAACAGAAAACUCAAACGUGAGUGAAAUCAUCUCUUAUUUGAUAAAGAUGCCAAAAAUAUACCCUGGAGGGAAAGUAUCUUCUAGUGGUGCUGAAUAAAAUUAGACCUGUAUCACCUGAACAAAAUUAAACUCCAAAUGGACCAAAAACCUCAACAGGAAAGCUAAAAUCACUAGAAGAAAACAGGUAAGUCCCCUACAUAACACAGAUGGAGUAAAGGACUUUUCUGACAGGACUCCUCCCUCAUGAGUUAAGGUUAUCCAGCUGAUGAACCUCAUAAAACCAGAAAGCUUCUGUACUGUGAAGAGAACAAGUGGAAGCCCCGAAGUUUUCGCCAACUAUGCAUCUGACAGAGGAUUCAUAUCUAGAAUAUAACAAGGUUAAAAAAAAAAACAAAUGAGCCAAUAUUUUGCUUUGGGUUUAUUUGGUUGGUUCAUUUGUUUAGACAGAGUUUCUCUGUGUAGACAGGGUUUCUCUAUGAAGAUAGGGUUUCUCUGUGUAGUCCUUGCUUCCAGCAACUCAAUUUGUAGACCAGACUGGGUUUAAACUCGAGACCCAUCUGCCUUUCCCCAAGUGCCAAGAUUAAAGUCUUAUGCCACCACCACCUGACUAAUGAGCCAGUUUUAAAAAGGGGGGCUGUGUAUCUCAAAAGAAAAAAAAAGUCUAAGAAAUAUCUUUAAAAGUGUCCAACAUCCUUACCAAUAAGGAAAAUGCAAAUUAAAACUGCUUUGAGAUUUUAUCUUAUACCAAGAGGGAACAACUGACAAUAAAUACUGUAGUAGCUGUGGAGAAACAGGAAUCCUCCUUCAGCAGGUGUGGGAUUCGAGACUGGUGCCAGCAGACUGAAGGCAGUGUGAAGACACUCAAAAAGCUAAGUAGCUCAACUGUAUGCCCCAGCUCUCCUAUCCAAUGCCACAUGCCCAAAGUACACAACACCCUGCUCCACAGAUAACGUGCUCAGUCAUGCCCAUUCUUACUCUAAAAUAGUUAGGAAAUGGAGUGAGCAGCAUGUCCUUCAACUGACAAGUAGACAGUGAAAAUGAAGUAUACAUGCACAAUAUAAUCCUAUUCUGUUCACUGUCAAGAAAAAUGAGAUUUGUGGGUAAGUCAAUAGAACUAGAAAAUUAUACUGAGCAAGGUAACCCAACCCAGAAAAACAAACAGCUGAAGUUCUCUCUUACCUGUGGACAUUAGUUCUGAGUGUUUAGAUGGGAAUAAAUAAACUGGAGUAACAGCAGGUACCAGGACAGUAAACAGGGACCAGAUGGUGUUGCGGCAAAUCUCCCACCCAAAUAUGCCCCAGCAAUGAAAACACAACUCAAUUAAUACGAAUACAUGCUGUGCGCCUAGAUUGGGCAGAUCUACCGCUACACUACCAUCUUCCCCAUCUAUGAGACCCUUUAUAACUUGUGACUUCUCCAGGCCACGUGCUUCUGCUCCUCUUUCCUUCUUCCUCCUCCAUUGUCCUCUUCCUGACUCUCUCUCCCUUCUCUCUCUCUCCCUUCUCUCUCUCCCUUCUCUCUCUCUCCCUUCUCUCUCUCUCUUCCUUCUCUCUCUCCUCUCUCUCUCCUCUCCCAAAACCUUCAGUUCCACCUUCCCCUCUUUCUCUGCCCAAUCCCUGGCUCUAGCCUUUAUUUUAUGCAUUAAGGUGCAGGUUUACAGGAAAUCACUCGAGUGCUGACUCGUUACUUGUUCGCAGCCCCUCACAGGAGAACGGAAUUAACAUCAAAUAUAAUUAUCCCCAGGGCUAUCAGCAACAAGAUGGGGCUGUGAAGAGGCAGAAAUUCUAGAGCGGGGGUUAGAUAGUAAGUCACAGGAACUAUGAAGGGGGAAAUAAACUUGCUGGGGGUCUUUAUCUGUGGAAUGGGAAGAGGAAGGGUGGACACUGAGCUACUGAGAAAGUGGGGGGGGGCGGACAGUUUAUAUUGUUUUCUUUAAAAUAUAUAAAUAUAUAUUAUAUUAUAUUAUAUAUAAUGUAAUAUAUUAAUAUAUGUGUGUUUGUAUUUCCCUGGCGGGAGUCUGACCCCCUGGAACUUGUUACAAAUGCUGAGCUGCUGGAAGCUGGGCCUGGGUCCCCUGGAAGAACAGCAAGUGCUUUUACCCACUAAACUCGUUCCAGCCUCCAUUAGUGGGUGUUUGUUUGUUUGGGGUUUUUUUGAAACAAGGGAAAAUCAAGAUUUCCCCCAAAAUAUUUUAUUUAAAUAUUAAGUAAAAAAAAAAAAGCCAUCAUUUGGCAUAUGUCUUCAUUAACAUAAGAAAUGAAACAAUUACAUCAUAGUAAAAAAUUUUUUAAAAAUAAAGUAAAAAACCAUUAUAUACAUCUGAGAUCACGUAGUGUCUUUAAAUAGGUGAUUCCAUUACAGUCCAGUCCAGGGCCGUGAGGAUCUACAAAAUCACAGCACACACAC